AACUAACAUAAUCCCAAAGAUUUUAGCUAUAGUUUUACAGUGGUUAUUUCUGUUUUCUUACAGGGUGAUCGCAUGUGGCAUUUUGCUGUGUCACUCUUCUUGGUAGAACUCUAUGGAAACAGCUUAUUGCUGACUGCAGUCUAUGGUCUGGUGGUGGCAGGCUCUGUCCUUUUCCUUGGGGCCAUAAUUGGAGAUUGGGUAGACAAAAACCCAAGGCUUAGAGUGGCACAGACUUCACUGAUUGUGCAGAAUGUCUCUGUUAUUAUCUGCGGCAUCAUCCUGAUGGUGGUCUUCUUGUACAAGAAUGAACUGUUGUCAAUGUAUCAUGGAUGGCUGUUGACACUGUGCUAUAUCCUUGUCAUCACAAUUGCAAAUAUUGCAAAUCUGGCCAGCACAGCUAUGGGCAUUACCAUCCAGAGGGACUGGAUUGUUGUUGUUGCUGGAGAAGACAGAAGCAAGUUGGCAGAUAUGAAUGCAACAGUGAGACGUAUAGACCAGCUUACAAAUAUACUGGCUCCAAUGGCUGUUGGACAGAUUAUGACCUUUGGUUCUCCUGUAAUGGGCUGUGGCUUCAUUGCUGGAUGGAACCUGAUGUCAAUGUGUGUAGAAUACCUGCUACUGUGGAAGGUUUACCAAAAGACACCAGCCUUGGCUAUCAAAGGUGGCAAGAAAGCUGAUGACCAAGAACUGAAGCAGCUGAACAUAAAAGCUAACUCAAACAACAAUGAAAAACCAGCUGAACAUAUUUGCCUUGUGACAGAUAAAGCAAUUGUCACCGCUGAAAUUCCUAAAGAGCCUAGUUGUGGUGACAGAAUGCGUGAGCCAUUUAUCACCUUCAAAAAUGGAUGGAUUGCUUAUUACAACCAGUCUGUCUUCUGGGCUGGAAUGGGUCUUGCUUUCCUCUACAUGACAGUCCUUGGAUUUGACUGCAUCACUACGGGUUAUGCUUAUACCCAGGGACUGAGUGGUUUUGUUCUCAGCCUUCUCAUGGGAGCAUCUGCAAUUUCUGGAAUCAUGGGAACUGUUGCUUUCACCUGGCUCAGAAAAAAAUGUGGCCUAGUUCGUACUGGAUUCAUUUCAGGAAUAGCCCAGCUAAGCAGCCUUGUUCUUUGUAUUGUAUCUGUCUUCAUGCCUGGAAGUCCUCUGGAUCUUUCUGUGUCUCCAUUUGAAGACAUCGGCACUCGCUUCCUUGAGGGAGAAUCUCUGCCUACAGUUUCUCCAGCUGGUGUUUCUAUUGAUUACUUUACAACUGAUAUGCCCAAUCUGCUGAUUAGAUCCAACUCAACUACUAGUGGACCUGAAGAGAACCCCAUUCCUUUGCUUUCAGUUGGUCUACUCUUUGCUGGUGUUAUUGCUGCCAGAGUUGGGCUUUGGUCAUUCGAUUUAACAGUAACGCAACUCAUUCAAGAGAAUGUGAUUGAAUCUGAAAGAGGAGUCAUCAGUGGCGUCCAGAAUUCCAUGAAUUAUCUACUUGACCUUCUGCAUUUUAUUAUGGUAAUCCUAGGACCCAAUCCAGAGGCUUUUGGUUUACUUGUUCUUAUUUCUGUCUCCUUUGUUGCCAUGGGUCACAUGAUGUAUUUUCGAUUUGCUUUUAAAAAUCUAGGAAAACAGCUGUUUUCCUGUUCUAACACUGAACCAAAAACAGAUUCAGGUGAACAACAAAGGGAAACCUCUGUUGUUUGA